AUGGAUGCGUUUCGACUGGCGCUUCUCGAACCAACACUGAACAGGAUUUUCUGUACAACGACUGCCGUAGUUGGAAGGGCACCGAAAGGACUGGAAACAAUGCAGAGGCUCACCAAUUUCCUAAUUAGCGCUAAUUCGGAUCCCAUCCGCAUCGUGGCAUGUCGAGCAAUGGCCAAUGCUGCAUUUCAUCAAUGGGGUCGUACUCUGUUCACUCAUGAUGUUGCUACAACAGUUACUGCUGUAGCAGCACAACUGUUAAGUCCUAAACCUGCCUUACAGCAGACGGAGACCGAAAAAAUCGCCGAACUCGGUCCUCGAGAAGAUGUACUCCGUGUUGUUUUAAAGAUGAUUGAUGAUAUUAGCAGUUUUGGAGAUCACACUCAAGAUGCUUUGAUACGUCUGCUGCAAGCAAUCGUAACACUGAUGUGGGGUGAUGCUUCAUUGAUAAAG